GUUCUCAAUGCUACCCCUCCAAGCUCCGGAUCGCGGAACUCAAGCUCCAAAAUUUCACACAUGCCGCGACGCAUGCAGCUUUGCGCCUCGCCGGACUUUACUUCAUACGAGAAGAGGAAAGCCAAACACACAUACACAUACACACACACACAUACACACACACACACACAAACUCUGACAGACAAACUCAAUUCCCUGUCAAUUGCUCAAUUUCUGCUCCACCAGUCUGCCGGGCAAGCUUCGCCAGACGCCCGAACGUUGCACACCGAGGCCGGUGCAUCGGCUUGGGCCAGCCUCAACUUUCGUAAAUAGAAGACCAAACCACUGCCCAGCAUGCGCAAUCUGCGAAAUAUCCGAUACGAUGUGUGCAAGACAGACGUGGACGUCACGGCGACGUGCUGGGAUGCCGGAAGCGACGACAUCCUUGUGACUUUUGGUCCAACAGAAGCCGACCCCAGCAUUACGUUGGCAAGGAUUAGCGAUGAGCCUGGGUCGAGUCGCCUAAAAUGCGUCACGGUUGCCUCCUGGGAAGCACCAAGCCCGCACCCAGAUAUACCAUUCGAUCAAGUCGUCAGUCUGCACCACUUCAGUGACAACGCCACGACGUGCCUGGUCCUUGCUGGGGGAGAUGUUGUCACAGUGCAGGAGGACCAACAUGCCACCGCGCCCGGGACCGCCCAUAUCGAGAUCGCUGGCUCCAUCGACGCCGGCAUCGCUGCGGCACGUUGGGCCUACGACGAUGAGCUGCUCGUCCUUGCGACCAAGGUAGACACUGUAAUAUUCAUGAGUCGCAGCUUCGAUGCGAUCGCCGAAGUAACCAUGACGGUGGACGACCUCCAGGCCUCCAAGCACGUCUCUGUCGGUUGGGGCAAGAAGGAGACACAGUUCCAGGGCAAGGGCGCAAAGGCGUUACGGGAUCCCACCAUACCUGAGAAGGUGGACCGGGGCUUGCCGAGCGCCCUGGAAGACUCCAGCACUACCAUCAGCUGGCGAGAGGACGGUGCGUAUGUUGCGAUCAACAGCGUCCGGGCGGGCUCGCGCAGGGUCAUCCGGGUCUACACAAGAGAAGGAGUUCUGGACAGCGCAAGUGAGCCGGUUGACUGCCUGGAAGGAAGCAUGAGCUGGAGACCGUCAGGGAACCUGAUUGCCGGUAUACAGCGGCUCUCCGAUCGGGUAGAUGUUGUGUUCUUUGAGAGGAAUGGCUUGAGACACGGCCAGUUCACUCUACGCUUCCCCCCUGAUCUGCUGAGCACCAACAUACCCAUAAAUCUCGAAUGGAACCCAGACUCAACUGUCCUUGCCGUGAGCUUUGGUGGCACCGUUCAGCUGUGGGCUAUGGGCAACUAUCACUGGUAUUUGAAGCAAGAAAUAAGAUGCGCCUCAACGUGUUUUAGGCCCUCUUGGCAUCCCGAAAAGCCUAUGCGUCUCUCUCUUGUUUGCAAAAACUCUGUGGCACAUACCGAAUGGGUAUUUCACACAUCAAGGGGCUCUAUCCUCCCACCCCAUGAUUAUGGUGCGGUCGCAGUCAUCGAUGGAAAUAACAUCAAGAUAACACCGUUUCGCACGGCAACCAUACCACCCCCUAUGGCCAUGUUCGAGCUCGAAGCUGCGACAUGUGUUAUAGACGUUGCAUUUACGCCAAACAAUUCCCACAUGGCAGUGCUACACCGCACUGGUGUGGAUAUAUAUGAAUGGCAGACCAAAGCUGGGAGGGUUUUGUGCCCGAAACGAACGAUUAAUGUCCCAUUAAAAGCAGCUGGUCCGCAUGAUACUACUUCACCGCUACAGGUGGCCAUGUCGAGCCCAGAGGACCUUGCUCUGCUAAGUGUCAAGAGCAAUAAACCGUUUGCUUCGAUUUAUAAGCUCGCAUCUGGGAAGCCAGAAUUGCUUUGUGAGCUUGACGCACAGGGCUUUUCCGGAUUUGUUUUCUCUGCCACGGCUCCAAUAUUACCGUGUGUACAAGAUCGCUCGGGAAAGCUUCUUCAACCUUCUGCAGAGGGUCAAGCAUUGCUUCCCGUCAAGUUCUCCACCCAACUCCCUUGGGCAGAAGUUAUCCUUCAUGACGAUAGCACACUGGCCGUUGGAAUGUCAAGAGGUGGGCAGCUCUACGCAAAUACCCGAUUGCUUGCCAAGAACUGUACAUCUUUUGUUGUCACGGGGGACCAUUUGAUAUUCACGACAACCAAUCACUUCUUGAAGUUGGUGCAUCUGACAGGCGUCGAAGAGCUCGAGGUACCGGCAGAUGACCCGGAGGUCGACGAAAGGUGCAGAAGUAUCGAGCGAGGUGCGAGGCUUGUGACGGCAGUACCCAGCAACAUGAACGUAGUUCUCCAGAUGCCGAGGGGCAAUCUCGAGACCAUAUUCCCUAGAGCAAUGGUGGUUGCAGGGAUCCGGAAGCUCAUCAACGACAAAAACUACGCGAGAGCCUUUUCGUAUUGCCGGACGCAAAGGGUUGAUAUGAACAUACUCUAUGACCACAGGCCGGAGCAGUUUCUUGCCAACGUGGGUCUUUUCUUGGACCAGUUGGGAGACACCAGCUACAUUGACUUGGUUCUAUCAUCCCUCAGGGAGGAGGACGUCACCCAAACAAUGUACAAGGACACAAAGAAAUCGAAGCCUGCAUGGGCCCCUUCUUCAACUCCUUUGCCAUCUCAGGAAAACCCACCGUCCGUAUCACUUUCGGAUCCAAGCUCGUCAAAAGUCAAUACCGUUUGCGAUGCUGUGCUGAAGGAACUGGAAGCCAGGAAUCCUGCAAGCCUUCAAAAUAUAAUAACUGCCCACGUCUGCAAAAACCCACCUGCCUUGGAUGACGGGUUGUCUGUUAUUGCGGGACUUAUGAAGGAGAACGAGGCCCUCGCAGAGAAGGCAGUGGAGCACAUAUGUUUCCUGGUCGACGUCAACCGGUUAUAUGACAAUGCUCUUGGCCUGUACAACCUCGAACUGGCGCUCCUUGUAGCCCAGCAAUCUCAGCGUGACCCCCGAGAAUACUUGCCUUUUGUUCAGAGCCUUCAUCAACUCUCGCAGCUGCGUCGCUGUUUCACCAUAGACGAUCAUCUAGGCAAUCGUGAAAAGGCCCUUGGACAUCUCAAGGCUGACAGCGACUUCGAGGGCGUCAAAGACUAUGCUGUCAAGCAUAGCCUCUAUCAGGACGCCCUGGGCCUUUAUCGGUACGAGGCUGAGCAGUCGCGCACGCUGAUGGCACUCUAUGCCGAAUACCUCGAGUCAAAUUCCAGAAACCGCGAAGCCGGACUGGCUUAUGAAGCCCUGGGUAAAUUUGCCGAAGCGAUGAGUUGCUAUCGUGCAGCUGGCCCGUCAUCAUGGCGCGAGUGUUUGGCAGCAGCACAAAAGCAGCAGCCACCGCCGACAAAGAGUAGCCUGACUGAGCUUGCCGAGUCCUUGGCCGAUGCUUUGAACGAAGCCAAGGACUAUGUCGGAGCGGCGACCAUCCAACGAGACUUCCUCAACGACCCGGCCACAGCUAUCCAGCUCCUGUGCAAGGGCUCCCUCUUCGCAGACGCCAUGCUGCUGGCUGCCACAAGCAGCGAGGCCGGCCUCGACGGCGAGGUGGAUAGUGGCCUCACUGAGGCCUUUGCCUCAUCGACUGAGCUCCUGGCUGACUGCAAAGCACAACUCAAGGCCCAAACCCCCCGAAUCCUAGAUCUCCGCCGCAAAGCAGCCGAGGACCCUCUAGGAUUCUAUGAGGGCGAACGGCCCGGCGGCGGCGACGGCGACAUGCCCGAUGACGUCUCGGUCGCGGCGAGCUCGCGGCUCAGCACAAGCGCGAGCCUGUUCACGCGCUACACAGGCAAGGAGGGCAGCAUCGGCACGGCCGGGACUGGGGUCAGUCGGGCGACGCACAAGAACCGCAAGCGCGAGGAGAAGAAGCGUGCCAGGGGACGCAAGGGCACCGUCUAUGAGGAAGAGUACCUCGUCAACAGCACGCGGCGCCUCAUCGAGCGGGUCAACUCGGUCGGCGGCGAGACCGAGGCCCUCGUCGCGGGGCUUUUUAGGCGUGGAAUGCUUGAGCAGGCAAGGGCUGUGGAGGCCCUGUUGGCCGAGGUGGUCGAGGGAUGCCGACUUGCUGUGCAGCAGGUGUGGCCUGGCAGCGAGGCAAAGACUGCUGACGGACAGCAGAGUGGGCAAGCUGCAACGGGUGGAGAUGCCGUGCUGGAGGCUGCGAUGGAGGCCAGAGUGGCCAAGCAGGAGCCUCCUAUGUUGCCUACAUUCCAGCGAUUAUCUCUGCUGGGGUAGAUGAGCUAUUGCCGGUUUUUUUACUCUAAAUACCUAACGACGACUGGGUCUCCCCACGUCUCAAUACUCCCCAACAAAAGUACACACUUGUGCAACGUUUGAAACAUCAAUGAGGCUAUAUUAGUGCGCACGUGCCAAUGAGUGUGUGGUAUAUAUGUUCUGAUUUUCGGUUGUGUAUACAGUAGUUAAACAUGGCUUUUUCGGUAAAAAAAAAUCUAUUUUUAGUGUAC